AUAAAAAUAUUUGCGUUGAACUGUAUGCAAGGAUCUUCUCUUUCCGCUCUAACAACUCUGUUCUUUAUCUGAUCUUUUUACUUUUAUCUUUCCUCCCAAUUUGAGAUUCUUUUCGUCAAAACAUUGCGAUCAUCGCGUUUACCUAGCAGAAACAUUACGCAACAGCCGAAGAAGAAAGUGAAACGUUGAUUCUGCUUCCAAGAAAUUAUUGAUCGACAAAAACCCAGAAAACAAUGGAAAAAGUUAAGAAUAUAUUGAAGCCGAAACCCAAUCCGCAACAGUUACUAAGAGAUUGGCAGCGUCGCCUCCGUCAAGAGUGUCGCAAUAUCGAACGCCAAAUCCGAGAUAUACAGAGAGAAGAGAAGAGUGUACAGAAAGCGAUCAAAGAGGCUGCCAAAAGAAAUGACAUGGGUUCUGCUAAGGCUCUGGCUAAAGAACUUGUCAGAUCUAGGAAAACAGUAAACCGCCUCUAUGAAAACAAGGCACAGUUGAAUUCAAUAUCAAUGCAUCUUGGAGAAAGUGUUGCUAUUGCUCGAACUGUAGGACAUUUGUCCAAAAGUGCUGAAGUCAUGAAGAUUGUCAAUAAUCUUAUGAAGGCCCCAGAAGUAGCCGUCACCAUGCAAGAAUUCAGUAAAGAAAUGACUAAGGCUGGUGUAAUUGAAGAAAUGAUGAACGACGCAGUGGACAAUGCAUUAGAUUCAGAAGACAUAGAAGAGGAGACUGAAGAAGAGAUUGAUAAAGUCUUAACAGCAAUUGCCGGUGAGACUGCCGCCCAACUUCCUGAAGCAGUCAGGAAAGCGAAACUAAAGCAACCUGCAACCAGCGAAGACGUAGAGGAAAGUGUUGAUGAUGAGGAAGAGCUAGAGGAAAUAAGGGCUCGUCUUGCCAGAGUUCGAUCAUAACUUGGUCUUAUUUUUGUUGCCAUUUUGGGGUUCGUAAAUAAUGAGAAGGUGCUGAUUUAGAGUUUGUAGAACACAGAACCGAAAUGUAAUGAACCUAAGUUGUAUCAUAAGCAACGUAUGAUUCUUGCUUUUAAUUGUAUGGUCUACGUGUAAUGUGAUUCGAAUUUUGGAUGAAAAUACUAAAAACAGAAUUUCUUUCUUUCAA